CUAUUCUUAUCAACUUAAAAAGCGAUCAAUGUCGCUUCUUUAAUCUCUCGUUUUCACUUCUUUUCUUUUGUAUUAUUUUGAUUUGAUCCGCCCUGCAUUUCGCUUUCUUUGUUUCUCCUCUGCAUUUUCCCGAGAAAAUUUUCUUAUGAAAUUGCAGGAGGCUACAUUUUCUAUGCAAGCAUCGUGUUUCUUCUUAAUUUGUCUUUUGAAAAACAAAAACAAAAAAAUAUUGAGUGUGGAUUGACAUGAUACCUGUUGGAUAUUCAAAUUCUAUGAUGAGGAUUUGCAGAAAUUCAAAAAGUUGACAGGUUUUUCGAUUGUUUGAUUUUGUUUUAUGCUUCUACAGUCGUGAAUUAGUCGAAAUAUCAGAUUAAUCGUUAAGAAUGAGUUGGAACCCAAACAUGGAAGUUCAUUACGUUAACAGUAGUUAUCCUUAUAAUUCAGCCGGUAGCUUUAUGGAGUAUUUUGAAGGCCUUACCUAUGAACAUGUGAAUUUUAUUUUUUCUGGUACUUCACAUGCUCAGGAGAGUAUCUACCCUACUCCAAGUACUAGUUUUUACAAGUUUGGGUUAUCUGAACCUGGGAGCGGUUUCUAUUAUGAUGUUGGCAAUGCUUAUGAGGUUCAUGAUUAUGACCAUAGAAAUGAUGAGUAUAGGAGGCCCUCAGAGAACUCUUCAACAGUGACCAAUGAACGCACUGCAGCAGCAAAUUCUGGGUGGGAAGGAAAUGCCAAUGUUAAUAGACGUGACAAUCCUGUAGAAUGUCCACGGAGACAUCCCGGUUCUCAUGAUUAUCAGGUUGUUUGGCAAGAUAACAUUGAUCCUGAUAACAUGACUUACGAGGAAUUACUUGAGUUAGGUGAGGCAGUCGGAACUCAAAAUCGAGGUCUUUCACAAGAACAAAUUGCUUUACUUCCAGUCUCAAAAUACAAAUGUAGCUUUUUCACGAGAAAGAAAUCACGAGACGAGAGGUGUGUGAUUUGUCAGAUGGAAUAUAAACGAAAUGAUCGACGGAUGACUCUACCAUGCAAGCACGUCUACCAUGCUGGUUGCGGCACCAGAUGGCUAAGCAUUAACAAGGCUUGCCCCAUUUGUUACAAAGAGGUGUUUGGUGAUGGAUCAAAACGCUAGAAGAUAUAAACAAGAGAUCGUUUGUUUCUCUGUUCCUUAACUUUGGGUAUCUUUCUUCAAUAUACCAACGAUGUUUGCUUAAGCUUUCCAUUUUUUUUUUCUCUCAAUUUUUUCUUUUGGGCUUUUAGUUUUCCACUUCCAUUAGAAGCAUUGUAUUAGCUUUUAUAAUAAAUACGAAAUUGCUGAGUCACAGGUAGGAGUAUGCUUUCUGUUUACAUGGUGAACCCAUAGUCCAUCUUAUUUCUGUUUUCCUUUUCUUAAAAAGAAAAAAAAAAGCUUGUACAGCUCUGACUGUUAAAAAGAAUUGUGGAGUUUUUGUUUGUUUUUUCAUUGUUUUGGUUGUGGAACAUUGUUAUAGAUGUUUUUAUCUUUGAGA